UUUGGUGCAUCACCGACCACCGGAUGGGUUCGGCUCGUGCCUUGUUGUGCGUCACCCUGGAAAAGUGGCUCGGAGACGUGGUGGGUCUGGACGUCAGAAGUGUCCAUGCAGCCUGCAGCUCAGCGGCCAACAUGCGGCUGGAGAGACACCUGUGAUCCGAGCUGCCGUCCUGUUAUCUCUCUUUGUACAACUUCACCGCAGCCUGGCAGCUUGUCCCCGCUUUGAAUCGCUCUUGUCUAAAUUGCCACAGUCAGGUGUGACCCGCCGAGCCGCCAUGAACUCCAAGGACGACUCGAAAUGCCCAGCAGUGCUGGAGGAGCGGAGGCGCAGUCCGCUGGAUCAGCUCCCGCCGCCGGAUUCCAACAAGCCGCUGACACCUUUCAGCAUCGAGGACAUCCUCAACAAGCCGUCAGUGAAAAGGAGCUACUCCCUGAGCGGGGUGGAGCGCCACAUCUCUCCCUCGGCGGGUCACCGCCUGUCAGGCCGGGCGGUGCUCAGUCAAACCUCCCCGCUCUGCGCGCUCGAGGAGCUGGCCAGCAAAACCUUCAAGGGCCUGGAGGUCAGCGUCCUGCAGGCUGCCGAGGGCCGAGACGGUCUGACGCUCUUCGGCCAGAGGAACACACCUAAGAAGCGGCGGAAGUCCCGCACGGCGUUUACCAACCACCAGAUCUACGAGCUGGAGAAGCGCUUCCUGUACCAGAAGUACCUGAGCCCGGCGGACCGGGACCAGAUCGCCCAGCAGCUGGGUCUGACCAACGCGCAGGUCAUCACCUGGUUUCAGAACCGGCGGGCCAAGCUCAAGCGGGACCUGGAGGAGAUGAAAGCGGACGUGGAGUCCGCCAAGGCCUCGGGCUGUGUGGCCUUUGAGAAGCUCUCCAAGCUGGCCGAGCUAGAGAAGUGCGCUGCUGGAGGGAUGGUUUCAGCGCCAGGCCACACCGAGCCGAACCCGGUCUCUGCCAGGUCCCACCACGACACCACCGAGAACCUCGACUCCGGCAGACCGCACAGUUCGCCUCUUUCCCCCGCAUCGUCGUGGUGCACGGGCCGGCUGAGCAGCAAGUGCUGCUCGGAGGAGGAGGAUGAGGAGAUUGACGUGGAUGACUGAAGUUGCAU